AUGAUCAAGUACAACAAUGUAUUUAAGCCAUUAUUUAUUGAAACAUUUGAAUACAAUUAUAUGGAUGGUAAGAUAGAAAAGUCGUUUACAAUAAAAAAAAAACAAGAAUCUAAAACUGAAAAAGGAAAGAUGUAAUAAAGUGAACCUCUUGCUUAAUUUAAUGUAUUUAUGUUUUUGAAUAAAAAUAAAGAAUGAAACAAUCAAAUAAAACAACCAUAAAGCUUAAACCAGUAGAUGGUUAAGGUAAUCCUCUGUAGGAAAAAAUUCAACAAUUAAUUCCAACACACCUUAAAAUAAUUGUAUCAGAAAAAUAGAAAGCAGAAAUGAAGAUGAUAUACUAAUAUCAAACUGUAGAAAUUCUUCUGAAAAACGAUAUAUCCAUAUGCCAAAAUUAAAUUAUGUUGACUUUAAUGUAUAUAUUUUAUGAAAAAAUAGUAAAAUAGAUUUCAUUAAUGAAUGGAUAAGGAAGCAAUUCAUUUUCUAAAGCCCUAAAAUUAAUAAAUAAAGAUAAUUUGUUAAUGAGAAAAAGAUAGAAGUCAGUUUAAAACUCAAAAACUGUUUCAACUUAAGAAAAUGAAAUAAUUUAAUUUGAAUAAUUAGAAAAUUAGCAUCCUAAGGAUAUGAUGGAAAAAAUAGGAAAAAUGUUAUCUAUUAAUGAGAGAUAUCCUUCUGUUAAAAAAUAAAGCAGAAUUAGAGAAGAUUUUACAAGAAAAUUAAAAUUUUUAGAUUAAUCAUUUUAAGAAUCUAUGUCACCAGAUUAAAAAUUAAAAUCCGUCAUUGAAAUUUAUUUUGAUAAAAAAAAAGCAUAUUAAGAAGAAUAAAAUAAAUAAUAAGAAAUUUCUAUUAUACAGCUUUCAGAAUAAACUAAAUCUAGUAAGAAUAAUGGUAGAAUGAGAAUAUCUACUUCGUUCUUAAAAUAAAUUGUUCAUUAAGUUGAGGAAGAAAAAAAGUAAAAAUUAGUUAAAUCAUCUAAUAACCUUUAAUAAUCAAAGAAAUCAUCUUAAAUAAGAGAUAAAAAAAAGAAAAAAUAAAACGCCAUUUUUAGCAAUAAAGUCAGAUCUUUAUUUAAGAAAAUGUUUAAUUAAAUUGUGAAUUGUGUUAGAAAAAUGAAAUUAAUGAAAUUAACUAAAUAAGAAUUAUUUUAGAAUGGUGUUAUCUAAAAGAAAGCUUAUGAAAGAGAGGGAUCAUUUUAAUUUUUUGAAGGCAUAGAAAAUAAUAAUUUAUAACUUAUUAAUUUUAUGCUCUUGAAAUGUAGAUAUUAUGCAUUUGAUAUAAAUGAAGAAGGAAAAACUCCUUUACAUUUAAGUUCAAAAAAAGGAUUUUCAUCAAUAACUGAAAGCUUACUCUAAAAUGGAGCUUAUGUUGAUUCUAUAGACCAACAUGGCAAAACUCCCUUAUUUUAUGCUAUGUAGUUUGAGUAAAAACAUAUUGUUUAUCUUUUAUUAUAUUAUAAAGCUAAUCCAUGGUCUAUCAAUAAUUGUAAAUAUCAAUCCGAAAACUCAGGCAUUAUGCAUCUUAUAAAAAUAUCAAGAAAAGUAUAUUUUAUAUAUAUAUUACUUAGAUACAUCUAAUAUUAAUGUUAACAAGACACAGUGAAAGAGAAAAGAAAUGGUAAGAAUCAAAAAAAGAAUUACAGUAUUGA